UCCAACUUAAUUGAUUACUUAAUAUUCAAUAAGGAAUAAAUUUUGAACCACAACCAGACAUUCUACAGAAAAUACAGGAAGUUAAAAUCGGUCUGGCUUUAUAUAUUCUGUAGUAAAGUAAACUAUAGCGAAAUUAAUUCAGUAACUCAAAAUUUUCUUAAUUAAAUUUGUUGAGCAAAUUAAUGUUUAAUAUUUAAACUAGAAAUGGAACGGACUUGUACCAUUCAUCCGGUAUCCGCUAAAGUUCGGUCACCGCACUGAAUUUCGGAUCCAGACGGAUUUGUAUUUUAAUUUGCAAAACAAUGGGACUCACUCUCAAUACUUAAGUUUAUUUUUUGUAAAUUAUAGUAAAUAAAUAAAACCCAGUAUUUUGGUCCGUUAAUCUGGAACGCUUUUUUCAUGCAAGCUGCCCAUUAAAAACCCCAAAAAAAACCUUUCCGAGUACAGGCUACUUGCUGGGAAACAACUAUCUUUUUGCACCUUAAGCUUCAAAGAUUAGGAAACUCAUUCUCCUUCCACCACUAUCACGGAUCAGAUUUUCGAAUUUGUAACGCAUUUUUCAAUGUUCUGGUAUUUUUUUUCUAUAGUUUAGACCUUAGAAAGGCUCGAAUUAGCAUUACCAUGGAACCAUGGGCGGUUUGUUUGCUUGCAACCUCUGAAGCAAUGAUUAUGAUAUCGUCGGCCCAAUGCCAAAACCAUGAGUGUGAAAAAUCGUGAUUUGGAGAUAUUUGGGUUUGAAGGUUUUGAUACUCUGUGAAAAUUCAGAUUUUUGUGGGAAUAAUUUCAUUUCUUGGGAGACAUAGGAUCUACUUUGACAGUUUAUGACUGGCUUAUUAUUUUUUCUGUUUAUUAGCCCCCACCUUCCAAAACGUCACAUUCGUGGAUUUGGCAUUGCAAAAUUUUCUUUCAAAUCACUUAUAGUACAAUAAGAAAACCUACAGACACAAUGAUUUUCAAUAUUUUUAUUGAUUUCAAAUAUCAAUAAACAUGUCUAUUUUCAUUGGGAAACUAUGAUAAACUCGGGAUCUAUAAAUCUAAGAAAACAAAACUUCUAAAUCAUUGGCAAAAUAAACAAUAAAAACGAAAAAGGGUUUCUCAAAAAAUACUGAAAAUACAAAAGGAACUAAAUUCAUAUGCUUAAAUGAGCUUGAGUAUAAAGUGAAAUGGUUUAAUUUUCAUCUGAGUUAGUAUUUUUACUGUUAUCUGGUUCUGGUAAUCUAUCCCUAAUAUUAUUAUUAAUUUUUAGCGACUUAUAAAAACUGUGAUGAACUUUUGGGAUUGUUAAAUCAGAACACAUUUUUUGUAAAUCCUGAUAUUUUGGCUUCGCAAUGGGUAACUCACAUUCAUAUGCUUAUUUUUUAACUCCGCUGUUUUUGGUCGACCUCAAAUUUUUUCAUGCAGUUUAUGUCAUGUAAUUCUUGUUCAAAAUCCAUUUUGUAAAACACCUUCGUCAUGUCCGAUUUAAGAUAACCAAUCCAGCAAACCUUACGCCAUGGUAUUUUGUUCAUCUCAAAUUCUUGCGCUGCAAAUUCUUUAAAAUCAUAAACAUCAUCAAAGCUUCUGCUCCUCACUUUAAAUGGGGGUGGUUUCAUACGAGCAUCUCGUAUUACUUGCGCUCAACCUUCAGGAAUGUAUACAGGAACAUGUUUAGCUUUUUGCUCAAUUUUGGAAUGUAUGGAAUCGCAUUCCAUUUCAGUAUGUCCGCUUUCGAAAAAUUUAUGAUCUAUGAUUUUCAAGCUAGGAUGAACAGAAAUGAGCUGCAUACACAUAGCAGCAAAAUUUGAAUUUUUUGCUGGCCACCACAGCCAUCUGACAUCAUUCUAACUUCUGUUACUUCUGGAUUAGAUAAUACGUAUUCAUAGAUACAAGAAGCGAUUUCAUUUGAACCCCUUUUACCCUGGGUUUCAUCCCAUAGAUAGCAAAUGCCAUCUUGAUUUCCAAUAUUAUAAACUGUCAAGUUAUAAACAACUAACUUGCGCAAGUAAAAUAUCUGUCCUGCAGAUCCUUUUGGAGUUGUGAGUACAGCUUUAAGGUUAAAAUUGAAUGCUAAUAUAGUAGAAUUGUUUAUUGCUCCCAGUUUAUUAGCACUGCGAGCCUUGCGUGCCAAUUCCUUUCUUCUCAAGUAUUGCUGGAACGUUUGUUCUUGCGCUUCUUUUUCUUCUCCAGUCAUAUUUUUCUGUGCCAAACAUAUCUUGCACUGGUCCUUCUUUGGCUUGAAAAAACCCACAUUACACCUUAGUUCCAUUUUGGUCCAUACAUUGCUUAUCUCUUUCAGGUUUAGACCUAACACUAUCCAUUAUUUUUUGUGUUCUAGGUGUCACGUUUAUCAUUUUAUAAUUGAUUUUUUACUACUCAAAAUCUAUACACUAAUGUUACAAAGUAUACCAUACACUUACAAUGUCAAAACAACGAAUGUACCACAUUCACUGACUUCAAACUUUUAAUGCAAGGCCAAAACCACGAAAGUGUCACAUUCACGAUACGCGCAUUGCGACUAUCGAAUACAAACUAAGAUACGUCAAAGGCAGUACAGAUACCCCCAGCAAAACCAUUAUGCUUGCAGAUUCGUUGGUUUGGCAUUGUCAAGAACGGGUUUAGAGGUGCUUGAAAAUGUAGAUAGGUAAAAAAUUGCCAAUUUUGCACAUUCAUGGUUUUGCCUUGGGACCGACGAUAUAGUAGCCAACUGCUUCAAUAGAAAUGAGAAAAAAACACUAUAAUAUCAUAAAAAUUUGUCACUGAUUUUGACAGGCGCAAAACAAUACUACUAUCUCUUUAAUAAAAUAUGAAGCAUUUUUUAAAAUAAAAUAAUAUAAGACACUCAUGUUGAACUCAAAGUUGUUGUCUUUCAAUGUUCUACGAUUUAAUACGAUACUACAUCACUGAGGGUGGAAGGAGAAGCAAUUUUGUCACUCUAAACUGUGAAUCUUGAUUUUCGAUAACGGUUUUUCAUCAUUGUCACUAUUCUGUACUGGUGUAAGUUCAGAGCUAGUAAAAUCCUUCGGCUGGCGUCGUAUCUCAUCUCAUUAACAAUUUGAUUCAUAAGAAAAAUAUUUUCUCACUGAAAAAAUGCUACUCUAUACCUAGGAUCCAAUACUGUAGCAAUGGCAUAAUUUUUAAUUGGGUGAUUAAGUUCAAAUCUUUUUUCAAUGAUUUUUAGUAAGGCAUAUUUAGUCGUUACCACAAAUAAAGUCGAAAAAGAAACUAUUUUAAACCAGCAAUUAUUUAUAGGAAUGAUUCUCUUUAGCUAAUUGUUUUUGCUACUUUUAAAGGGUAAGAGAGAUCUUAUAAUCGAGGUUAGUAAUUUCCAGUGGUAGUAAGUUAAACUGUUUAGCCAAGAUUUUCUUGUUUGGCAUAAUAGAUAAUGAUAAACUUUUUCAACUCUUGUAAUCUUUCCAACAUAUAAAAUGUUGAGUUUCACCUAAACAGUACAUUCUUGAUGGAAAGACUAUAAUCUUCCGUUUUUUCUUUUCUUCGUCUUUUUUCUUUCUUUUCAUUCUUCCAGUUUUUUUUAACUUGUCACAAGCUUGGAAUCUCUGUUAAAACUGACAUUGGUAUUUGUGCAGGUCCAAAUAUCAGAUGUUAGGGAGAGCUAUUUUCUUUGGUUUGAAGAUCUGUAAUUCUAAUAUUUUAAAAUAUAAUCUAAUUUUUUUGCAUUUGUGUACUCCUCCAAAGUUGGUUGCUCAAUCACAGGCUCUAGAGUAUUACUACUUUUGCUAGUCUUUGGCCAUAUUACACAAAUCUUUGUCCAUGUAUUGUUGUUACGAAUUCAUAAUGAGUUACUUAUUUCAUUGGGUAUUACGUCACUUUUAUAGUAAAAAUCAGUUUAGGAAAUGCUAUCCCACACGCUCAAAUAAUGAAAAAAAGAAGAAAAUAGACUUAUUUACGUAUUUAAGAUUUUAAAAAGUGCAGAUGGGAGAUUGGAAAAGAAAUGUUUCCAAAUUUUUAAUUAUAUUUUAUUUCAUUUUAUUUACCUUGAUAACAGUAUAAGUAAAAUCUGUAUUAUUGUGACGAAUUCAUAAUGAGUUACUUAUUUUAUUGGAUAUUACUGGAGUAUUGGAGUCACUUAUAACAAAAAUCAAUUUAGAAAUUACUAUCACACUAAAAAAAUAAAAAAGUUUAUAUUAUCGUGUAAACAUUAUUUGUAAUAGUCAAUAUUUAACUGAUAAAGAUUUUAUUAAAAAUAUCUUAAUACACAAUUAUUAUCCCAAAGAAUUUUUGGAAAAUUGCUUUAAAGAGUUUGAUAAUGGCACCGUUUAUAAAGAAAUAUCUAAAGUCUGCUGUGGUGUCUGGUGCUUUAGUACAAACUAUAGGAAAAGCCUCCGGCUCUUUUAAGCUUCCUACCUCCGGUGCCCCAGCCGCAAAACAAGAAGCCGCUGGUGAAAAGAAAAGGGCAGCAUCUAGGAAGAAGAGUCCUGCGAAAAAAGCCACCGGUGAAGCGGCAUCUGCUGCUAAACCAACAGCGAAAAAGGCAGCAUCUCCCAAGGUAGUCGCUAAGAAACCUGCCAGCGAUAAGAAGGGUAAAAAGACCACCAGCGGAGAACAGAAAGUGGCGAAGACUGCUGCCGCCGCUACUUCUGCUGCUGUAGCUGCAGUCAAGCCAAAGUCACCGUCGAAAGCUAAGAAAUCAAAUAAGGCCGGUCCAACUAAGAAGCCCAAUGCUCCUAAGCCAAAAACGACAAAGGCUCCAGCUGCCAAGGCAAAAAAAGCCGUCAAAUUAGUAUAAAAUUGAAUCAACCAAUUUUUAAGACAAAUCUUAUUUUACCAUUUAUUCCAGGUUUUUCUGAUAAGAUAAAAAGAAUUGCUAAAAAAUGUAAUAUAUAAAAUUCCUUGUACUUGUGGUAAAUUUUUCACAGGUGAAACCUGUAGACCAUUACCAAAAAGAAUUAAUGAACAUAAAUCUUACAUAAAAAACAAUGAUUUUCAAAAAUCCAAAAUUACACAACAUGCAUACGACAAUAACCAUAGAAUAAACUGGAAUGCUUCCUUAAUUUUAGCAAACGAACCAAUUUCAAAAUUACGUAGGCUAAAGGAAACUGCAUUUAUAAUGUUAAUUGAACAUAAAUGAUUAGCUACUUGUUCGGUUGAUUUUAAUAAUACAUGGAUUCCUCUGCUAAAAAGAGAGGUAGGACAGAGCAUUCUCAAAAUUAAUUAAUAAUUUAAAAUAUUUGAUAUUCAUAUAUUUCCUAUCAUUAAAUUGUAACAUUAAGAUCACACCCCUUUAAUUUUAAAGAAGUAACCUUUGAAUUUUUUGUUAUCUUUCAAAACAGUUUGUCAAACUAUUAAUAAACCAUGAAAUUAUAUAAAAAAGUAUUUAAAGUAUUGUCGAAUUAGGAAGGAGUUUUGAAGGAAGUAUUAUAUAGCAGGAAAUUUGAAAGAUAAGUACAUUUUAUUUAUAUUUUUAAUUUAAUUUUACUUUAAUUACCUUGAUAACG